AUGGGUCUGGAGUACAAGUGGAUGACACUAGCUGAUGGGAGAGCUGAUGAAGCAAAAAUGCAUGUUGAUGUUGGUACCGCUGCACCGGCGGUAUGUGUAGACGAUGAUGGCGUUGAGGUGCUUGAAUGCAUGAAUUUGACAAAUGAGACAGCUUCUAUUGGAUUUCAAGGGAAGCAAAAGAUGUUCACUGGAGCGGCUCCGAUGAAAUUCCAUGUGCUUCAUCACAGGAAGCUGCAUUGA